AGAUGUGAUUUUCCAAGCUGUCGGCACAAAUCUCUUACUAUGUUUCGUCUUAGAAAAUCGAUGACAUUCAUAUUGUCUUUUUUGUUUCUACUUUUAGAAGUUUCUUUUCUGUGUGAUGCUACAUGCUCCAACUGCGCGAUGGACAUUGGUGAAGUAGAAAAGGCUCCAAAUGCAAGGUUCUCUAACGGAUAUUAUGUAGUCGGUUCAGUGGAAAACGUUUCAGACGAUGACUCAUCAGUUGCCUACAACAUGCUGCCUCGGCCUCAAACCAAUGUUCCGAAUACAAAACAAUAUCAGAAAAACUAUAAUGGAGCACUAGUGGUUUCUGGUGGGUAUGGUGCUGAUUCCUCCAACAAUUACUCUCCCACUCAGCAAACAGCAGACCACAGAUUAUGGUCCAGAUAUCAGCAACCAGAAAAGCAACAGAUUACAGACCGGUAUCACCCAAGCACGUUUGUGAACACGUAUGAGCAUGCCGGCGAAGUGUAUGUUAGUCCUUCAGCAAGUGAAACUCAUUCGGCUGUGGAAGAGUUGAAGCCUCCAAGUAGCACUCAUGAGGAGUAUUCGACUAGUUUCAUUCAUGAUGACCAACACACACAUGGUGAACAUGUCGAGCACCUUUACAACUACGACAGCUAUCAGCACGAUAAUGGUGGACCGUAUCCCUACUCAGGCUACCAACAGCCUCUGCCUUCCAUCACCGAACCACCCCAAGAGGAGCGACAGCAAAACACUCUUUUUGGAUACUACUAUAUCGGUCGAAAAUUGUGGUACAUCCCGCUGUAUUUCAGUAUCUAUUUUGUGUUGUAUGUGGCUGCCCUUAUAAUCAAGUCGAUAGGUCGGCAUAAGAUCGCCUUUCCUCAGACACUUGCCGAUAGUGUGAAUGCACGUAAGAGUCAUCACAAUCAACUUCAGAUAGCACAACUCCUGCUUGAGUCGGCUAACAACAAGUUUCACAAAAAAACUUCGGCUAAGUGAAGUGCUUUAGUGAUUUAAAGUACAGUAAGGGUUUCAUCUUCAGACUCUUUCAUUUUCCAAGACUUUCAAAGAUACAAUUUUACUGUAAUUCAUUACCGUAUCACAAUACUUUAAUGUCUGUCCGGUAAAGUAAGUUUAUUGUUCAGUAUCAUGUAUAAACAUAAAAUUUACAGAUUAUUUCUAAUGAAAUAAUUUUAAAUAAAAUUAUAAUUAAUUCAAUAGAAUAACCUCCUUUUAUUCAGAAAGUAUUUUAAAUUUAUAACCAAACUCUACUAUUUUUAUCACUAUUUGUUGCGUUCUAUAAUUAUUCUAAAUGGUUAAACCUGUUCACAAAGCUAUUGUUAUUAGCCAUAAGUUAAGACUCUCGAAAUGCAAGAUGCUGAAUGAAAA